UGUCCAAGACAGGCAGCAAUCAUCAUGCUGCAUGGCAUUAGUGUCUUACUGGUCGUGGACACUGAUGAAAGCAUCACAUACAGAAAGCAUCAAGAGAACAGGCUGCACCAAAACUCAUGUUCUUCUGACUGCAGCCAUGAAUGCGAGACCUCUGCUGCUGCUGCUGCUUCUCACUGCUUGUACGGCCAGCGGCGCGCUGCUGCCCAAGGCCUUAUGGCAGUUUGGGAAUAUGAUCCAGUGCGCUCAGCCUGGCACUAACCCUCUAGAGUACAGCGACUACGGCUGCUGGUGUGGCUUCGGAGGAACGGGAAGCCCUCUGGAUGAAGUGGACAUGUGCUGUGAAGUUCAUGAUAAAUGCUAUAGAGCAAGCAGAAAGGCUCCCGGAUGCACGGCUUUUGUUGACCUUCCCUAUGUUCUUGUCUAUGAUUUCACCUGUUCCAAUCAACACGUGACCUGCUCAGCUACCAACAAUAAGUGCCAGGCUGCCGUGUGUGAGUGCGAUCGGGUGGCGGCUCACUGCUUUGCUCGGACUGCAUUCAACCCUGAAAACAAAAACCUGGAUCCCAAAGUUCACUGUGUCAACUGA